AUGUCAGUUGCAUCUUUCCAGUCUUCUUCUUCCAUGAGAUCCAUGAGUGUUGCUACUGCACAUAAAACUAUAACAGAGUGUAUAGCGGGGGCUCGAUCAGAUGCCCACGAAGUUCAAGAAAAGGCUCUUCAAAACUUGGUCACCGUUACUCAGGUUAGUCCUCUACACAGGAACUUGCUCGUACAAGUAGAUGGAUCGAUUUCAAUUCUUAUUGAUCUUUCCAAAUCUUCUUUCUCUACCGUCCAAUCUCUUUCACUGUCAAUUCUCUUCAAUCUCUCUCUGAACCAUGACAUGAAAAAGCUUCUUGCAUCAAUGGAAAACAUCUACCAUCUCAAUACACUUAUAUCUCUAGGCUCCCCCGAAACUGUCAAGCUAUCGGCCUCAUUGAUUUGCAGCCUUGCAAUGUUAGACAAAAACAAAGCUAAGUUUGGUGUAGCCGGUACAAUACAACUAUUGGUUAGAGCACUUAAAGUUCCUAAUAUUCCUGCUGCCCAUCACCUUCUCUGUUCCUUAGCUGAGCUAGGCCAGUUUCAUGGGAACUGCACUGUGGCAGUUCGAUCGGGAGCCAUCCAAGUUCUUAUUGGUGUAGUGGAGAGUGCUAGCGGUGAGGAUCUCGCUGGUACUGCUCUUGUUGUUCUCGGUCUCUUGGCUAGAUUUGAGGAGGGGUUGAGAGCUUUGAUAAAAACUGAUCGGAUCGUAAUUUCAAUGGUUAAUGUGUUGAAAGGAAGAUGCAUGCUGAGUAAAGAAGGUGCAACUGAGAUACUUUUGCGAUUGUUCGACGAAAGCGAAGAUUGUUUGAGUGAUGCUUUGAAGUUGCCAGAGUUUUUUGGUGUUGUUGCUGAUCUUUCUGUGAGAGGAUCACCAAAAGCUAGAGAGAGAGCUAGUUUGCUCAUGAAUAAGAUCAUGAAUAGUGACUUUGAUACAUAUUCAAAUGCUGAUUCAGUGUAUUCACAAUGGUAG